AACAAGUACAUCGUGGUCGAGAACCAAGAGGACCUGGACAGGACUUAUCUUCAGGUUUCUCGUCGAAUUUUUCUAGAGAUUUCGAUUACAUUAGAGAUGACAAAGGACCUUGUUUACCAAAUUCGCGGCGAUGGAUUUCGAGGGAAACUGCAGGUCGACGUGCAGCGUGGGCCAAUCGGUCUCAGGCUGGAAUUUGCUUUCAUCUCUUCUCCAAGAAACGAUUUGAAACAAAGAUGGACCGUCGCACGCCACCAGAGAUAACACGAAAAUCACUCGAAAAACCUGUUCUCUCCAUGCUUUUGCUCGCAGCAAAUGUUGCGCGGCUAGUGCAGCUUGCAGUGGAGGGCAAAAUCCAACAUCCAAAUCGACGAAACACUCUGAAUAAAAAUGAUAUUAAGGGACGAGCAGCAUCGUUAUCGUUAUUGUUGGAUGUUGUUGUUCUCCUGUAGGUUGCUAACUGCCCAAAAGGUUCGCCAAACCGUAGAAAGGUCAGUAGAAGUUCUUGCCCAAGUCGUACCGCCGGAGGAAGACAAGCAAGGAACGGCAAACCACAACGAAGGAGGAAGUUCUUGUUUGAACACCACUAGAAUCCAACUCAAUCGAGCACAGUCACGCUGAUGCUCUCUCACGAACUGCACUCACGUUAAACUACUCCUACCUAAAGGAUCCAGGACCAUCAAGAUGAUAAGCAAGGUUGAUUGACCUUUGAGCUCUUUGGCUCUUCCUUGUUGUGUUCAAGUGCACCGAUUGAUUCACAUCAAGCCGCCAAGUCGGGAAGUGGAACACCUUCAAGACCUUACACUUUGGUCACUUCGAGCUGUCUC